CCAUGGCUGCUCUCCGCCUCCAUUUCUCAGGCACUCUUGCUUCUUGUCGGUGUGUGGACCGCCAUGGCUUCAAUUCUACCUGUAGCUUCACCGGUGCCACAGCCGUAUGCGCCCAACCGCCGCACGCAAGAUGUCGACAAUUUGCAGCCUCACUAUGAUGGCCGUAGCACUCCACUCCCCCAGUAUGAGAAAUCAAACGCAGUGCCCUUCACACUUACGCUCCAAGAAGAGAAGGAUAAUCCAGGACAAUUCCAACUUGUUGUCAACAUAGAUUCCCAGCAACAAAAGUUGGAAACUGGAAGCACCCCUCGGUCCACGCCUUCCAAAAGGCUAAUCGCAAGCUUGAAAGAAGUCCCAAGCCUGGGAUACGACGUCUCACAGCUAUACCAUACUCGCGAAUCAAGCCCGCCGACCAGCCCACAAGACGAUAAGCAAGGGUGGGCAGACCUGAACGCGAUACCGCCCGAAUUUCUUAACAAAGUCGUACCUGAUUGGAAGAUCACGUUCUCGAGGAGCGAUUCCACUACAUCGGUGCAGUCACGCAAGCUGGCCGAUAUCAAGGCUCGAAUAAAGAAGAGCGGGAAAGGCUUCGUCGUGAGGCUGCUCAAGGGCUCCACUUCAGAUCCGAACACCAACGAAGUUGCAGAAGUCGAUCUGGGGUCUGGUAUCAACAUAAGAGAGAGGGGAGUGUUCAAAACGGACAGACAAGAAUUGGCCGCAGAGACACUGCCAGUGGAGCUAGCCGCCUCAUUUCCAUCAGACCCCAACGGCAAUUCACUGGGUGCACCCGUUGAGAUAGGGUCUUCUAGUGAGCCUGGUAUUCCUCGCAGUGUUCUACUUCCGUCAGAGACAGCUACACGAUCACCAGCGAUCAACAAAUGGUUGGGUCAAGUCACUGGUUCCAGCCGACGCACAUCCAUCCUUGAGGAAGGGCUUAGUGAUGCCGAGACAUUACUUCCCGAGGUCCCUUCUAUCGCUGAUCGACUCGACGAUACGGAUGUGGAGCCAUUUUCUAGCAACAGCUCAGUCAUUCUUGGGAGGACUAAUUCAACGCUGAGUAUCGUAAAGACACCUACGCGUGGCCUGUCUGUCGUAGGACCUGUAAGGAGAGUCCAAAAAGCUUCCCGUGCCAGAGGAAAGGGCAAAGCAGCUCGCUCCAAUUUAAACCGAUCUGGCGCAAACAAGUCAUUCAAACGUUCAAUGUCAAAUAAUCAGAUCGCUGGUUCCGGUACUAUGGAAGGUGUUCAGGAGUGUCCGUCGGAACUAGAUGAUGGCAAUGACGCUGUCGCUUUACCGCCCGACAAUGAUAUCACUCAAGCGCACGAAGUACCUGAAAGGAGGUCUGUAUCCACGCGUUCAUCCACGAAGCGAGCUGUUCAUCGAAGUUCUUCGGCAAAAGAAGCAAUCCAAGAAGAGCAACCAAAAUCACGACUUCGUCUAGAGACUAAUGUACCCCGUGCUUAUUCUGCCAACACAUCUCCAGUCACCAAACGCAAGCGGAAACCCCGUAUGAAGAGGGCAACCCCAACAUCAUCGAACGAAAGAUUAGGGCAAAUGCAACAUGCAGAGGACGUUUCGCCUGUUUGGUCCGAAGUGGAUCCAUCCGAUGAAAUGCGAGCGUUUCUGAACAAGGCUUUUGGUGCAGUCGACGAUUCAACAGAUAAGGUGGAUCAUGUUCUAGAAACGCCGGCGGACGAAUCUAUCGCGAAUGAUGAAAUAUAUGGCAUUUUGCCACCUGAUAUCGAGACCAGGCUAUCACCACCACCUAAGAAAAACUUAACGAGUAUCUUCUUCAAUUUGGCCUUUACUGCUCUGAUUGAUGGCGCAUUCGAAGGACUUACAAGUUUGCGCAACAAAUAUGGGAGCGAACCACCUGUCGCACCGAACCAUGUGCGAGUACGAUGGACUUGCUCAUGCGGAGAGUCGUUAUACGACGACUUCAUCGAGAACAAGCCUGGUGCUGCCCGUGAUCUCGAAUGGUAUUUGAAUCGGCCACGAUCGCAUGCGUCAUCGGACCCUCCAAGCAAAUCGAGCACCUUCAACUCUAUGGGAUCAUUAUUUGACGCAAACAGCCGAGCAUCAACACUCACAACGCCAGCAUCGACUUACGCCGGGAACCCAUGGGGUAAGCAAGGCGAAUCAUCUCGAUACAGCCCAACGCGCCUUCGCCAUAGCCCAUUCAGCGUGCAUAUUGGUGCUUCUGCUCCAGAGUCAUGGCUCCUCACCUGUGCCAACGAAGGCCGAUUCACCCCAAAGAUUGUGCACGUUGACGUGAACAAGCACAGAAUCAGGGAUGACCGAGCCCUCUUUAUAGCCAUCCGAGACCACUAUCAGCGCCUAAAUAAAGGCUGGUUCAGCUGGGCGCGACUACGCGGCCUCUCUAAAAUCGAAUUCGCACAGUUCGAAGUACAUCGCAACCGUUUUGCAGAUAUCCGCGCAGCACCUUCCAUGCCACCUAUUUCGUCCGUCUCGAGCGAGAAAGCACCAUCCCAACACCCGUAUAACUUUGAGCCUCACGAUCUGUUGCCACCAGUCGGAUCUGCGUACCUUAUGCACCUGUUCAUGCAUCCGGAGGACUACGAAGGCGAGACGAUGACCUACGAACGCUCCCCAAAGAGAAGAGAGCGGCUGGACUCGGGUAUGGGCUGGGGUAUCAGCCUAGUCGAAGGCUUCCAAGCACCAAAAGUAUGGGCAGUCAUCAUGAUGGGGUUUGGGAUCGGAAGCGCGGUGUUUGCAGCGUUCUGGACGAUCAGAAAAGGCGACAUGCAGGGAGCGUUCGGAGUCGCGAGUUGGCUUGUCACGUUCGCGGGAUUGGGAGUCGCUGGACUGCAAGCGUGCUUGGAUUGAUCAUUCAUC